AUGUCCUCCGCACUCUCGACCACCACUAACCCACAGCUCGCGGCCCUCACCCGCGUCCUCGCCAAGGCUCUCACCCGCUCCAAUCUCUCGAAAAUCAUCGGCGCCUAUGUUCUCUACAUCAUCUUCAAGUACCGCAAAUCCGUCUAUGGCGUCCCUACCCGUACUGAUAUCCCUGGACCAUGGUGCAUCCCCCUCUUUGGAAAUCUCUUCCAAGUCUUAACCCUUCCAAGAGACCAGGUCCUCCAACGACAGACAUUCCAUCACCAGAAGUACGGUAAGGCCUAUGCGAUGACUAUCCCUGGCGUGGGAAGAAUCAUCAACAUCGCGGACCCAGAUAUGGUCGAUCAUAUGCUGAGGGUCAACUUCUGGGCCUACGAGAAGGGACCACAUCUGAGGACUGCCCUGGCACCCUUGGUCGGUGAAGGUAUCUUUGGUGCAGACGGACAGCACUGGAAAUGGCAACGAAAGCUGGCCAGUCAUAUCUUCAACGUCAAGGCGUUCCGUUCCUACACAAGUUCUGUGUUCGUCCAGGAGGCAAGGCUGGUGAUCGACUAUCUUUCCAUCAAGGCUGACCAGGGCGCAGUUGUGGACUUGCAGGAGCUGUUCUACAAAUAUACAUUGGAUUCCUUUGGCGAGAUUGCAUUCGGUCAAUCCUUCGGCUGCCUGAACAAGCCCGGCGAGGAGGUCCCCUUCGCCGCAGCCUUCGACCGCCUGAACCACGCCUGCUCCGAACGCCUCAUGUUCCCGCUCUGGAAACUGCGGGACUGGUGGAGAGGCGAGCUGGACCAGGUCGAUAAGGACACCGAGAUCGUCAACAGCUUUGCAUACAAAGUCAUCCAGAAUCGCCGCCGACAGAACCGUGAAAGCCAAGAGCAGUACAAGGAUCUGAUGCAGUUGUUUAUGGACACCCAGGACGAGAAUGGAGAGCCGCUCUCGGACGAGAUGUUGAAGGAUACGCUCAACAACUUCAUCUUGGCUGGUCGCGAUACGACCGCUCAGGCGCUCUCGUGGAUGUUCUACCUUAUGCAUCGUCAGCAGGCAGACAAAAAUAUCACCAAGCAGCUGAUCGAGGAGACAGAUCGCAUUCUUCAGGGUGGCGAACCCACAUACGAUUCGACCAAGCAGCAAAAGUACGCAGAGUCGUGCUUCCAUGAGGCCUUGAGAUUGUACCCCUCUGUGCCCAAGAACAUCAAGACCUGUGUCGAGGACGAUGUCUUGCCCGGGGGUUACAAGGUCUACAAGAACGAGAAGGUUGCAUGGAGCUCAUGGGCGAUGGGUCGUGAUACCUCCAUCUGGGGACCAGACGCCAAAGAGUACAACCCCGAGCGCUGGAUGACGGGCGAGAAGCCCUCGCAGGCAAAGUUUGUGGCCUUCCAUUUGGGACCACGCACUUGUCUGGGACAGCAGUUUGCAACAAUCGAGGCUAUCACGAUCAUGUCGAUGCUGAUGCAAAAUUUCACUUUCGAGCUCGUCGAUCCCAACAAGGAGCCAGCAUAUUACCCAUCGCUCACUCUCCCAAUGGCCCACGGAUUGCCCGUCCGUGUCAAGCAUCGUAGCAGCGCUCAGGCUAUUUAA